GAGACCCAUCGAUUUUCGAGAAAAGCAGCAGGAAAAGCAGCAGCAGCAGAAGCAGCAGCAGCAGGGAAACUGUGUGGGCAGCAGCAGCCAGUCAGUUAGUCAGUCAGCCAGGUUGAAACAGUUAAAUUAUGAAAACGUAUACAAAACUGGCCCGUUUUCGCCGCAGCAGUCAAUUCGCCGCCUGAGAGCGAACGAAAAAUUGUGUGUCCUUUGGAGUCGACGUGUCGAAGCGAAAAGUUAAUACAGUGGCACUGCAUCUGCCUCCGCUGAAUAAUUGAGCCACUGCAGCCACAGUCACAGCCAAAGUCACAGUCAUAGCCAUAGCCAGCAAAAUCCUGGCCAGACGAGUGUGUCGCGGUCGUGUGAAUAAUUGAUUGGAUAACCGUAAACAAAUCGAGGCAACCAACGACGCGGAAUCGCGGCGUAUAUGUCAGUCCAGUGCCAAGGCUGAGCCGAGACCUUUUCCUUCCACCUUCCCCCAGCGAAAGGAGCUGCCGUUUGCCAUUAUCGAUUUGUGUGUAUGUGCCCACACGUCAACAACAGCAGGAUAUAUUCGCGUGGCAGCAGGAUCAGCAGCAGCAGCAGCAGCAGCAGCAACAACAACAGUAACUGCAACAUCUGCAGCAGCAACAACAGCAACCGCAGCAACCUCAAGACAGACAGCAAACCGCUCUAAGCAAGCAUAAUGGCGAGUGGCGGAGACCCAAAGUGGCAGAAGGAUGCCGCCGACCAGAACUUCGACUACAUGUUCAAGCUGCUCAUCAUCGGCAACUCCAGCGUGGGCAAGACCAGCUUCCUCUUUCGCUACGCCGACGAUAGCUUCACAUCCGCCUUCGUCUCCACGGUGGGCAUUGACUUCAAGGUGAAGACCGUCUUUCGGCACGACAAGCGCGUAAAGCUGCAGAUCUGGGACACGGCUGGACAGGAGCGGUACCGCACCAUCACCACAGCCUACUACCGCGGUGCGAUGGGCUUUAUCCUGAUGUACGACGUCACUAACGAGGACAGCUUCAACUCGGUGCAGGAUUGGGUGACACAGAUCAAAACCUAUUCGUGGGACAAUGCCCAGGUGAUCCUGGUGGGCAACAAGUGCGACAUGGAGGACCAACGGGUGAUCAGCUUCGAACGUGGUCGCCAGUUGGCCGAUCAACUGGGUGUGGAGUUCUUCGAGACGUCCGCUAAGGAGAAUGUGAACGUCAAGGCUGUCUUCGAGCGCUUGGUGGACAUCAUCUGCGACAAGAUGUCCGAGAGCCUGGACGCGGAUCCGACGUUAGUGGGCGGUGGUCAGAAGGGCCAGCGGCUGACGGAUCAGCCGCAGGGCACGCCCAAUGCCAACUGCAACUGUUAGAGCUCCGAUGGGAGGAUUGGAGGACGGGAGGAUCCUACUGCACCCCAACAACCACAUCCGUAACAACCAUAGACAACAGAAAUUGAAGCUAGCUAAUUAGUCAGCAUUGAGCAGGGGAUUGCAGCUAAUCCCUCAGUAAGCCGACGACGACGGUUCGGAUACCGAUGGAAAGAUAAUGGUAAUGAUAAUGAUGAUAUAUGUUAUAGGCGUGCCUCCCCUUUUCGGGAGGGGUGUGGCACUGUGUUUGUAACGAUAUGUGUAUGUAUAUCCUUUGCGUUCGCUCGCCUCAGUGUAAAUGUCAAAUGUUAUUUAAUCCGAUGUUUGAAUUGUAAUUUGUAAUUGGUAAUUGGUAAUUGGUAAUUUGUAUUUUAAUCGGCUGCCACAGCGAAGAACCAUUUGUUGAGUGUGUGAAUUGUGUUGAAUUUAUUCGAAUUGAGAGAUCAAAAUCGAUAAAUUGAAAAAGAGCAAAGAAUUUAACGAAAGUCCGAUUUGACGGUGAUUCGGCACUAAUUAAGCAUGCACCCCGAGUGCUGAUUAAAGUCAUUUGAUUUGCGGCCCCACGCAACGGGGUCAGAGGUCAGUCAGCACGAGUAUUUCGAACCGUUCUCCACAUCCACAUGUAUAUACGCUGGCUAAACUGUACAGUUUGAGAUGCUUGACGAAACGCACAAAGCUAGCGAAUCGGUGAAAUCGACAGACAACUAACUAUAGCUACACUAUCCUACACACCACACUUCACACUCCACUCACCCAUGUAUAUGUAUGGAUACACACAAGCAAAGAGCACUGAACACACACACACACACACACACAGUCGGAAACGGAUAUAGUUAAACCCCAAAUCCCUGGCUUGGAGCAUUCUAGCAAACACAAACAAACAAACAAACAAACAAACAAACAAACAAACCGGCUGAGAGGUAAGCCGUUAUUAUUAAAUAUUAUGAUUAUUAUUAUUAUGUACGUAUGUAUUUAUGUAGUGAAAUGGAAAAUUUUAAUGUGUUGCAAAUGAUAAAAGAAAUAUAUACAUCAAAUAUACAUGUAUCGCAUAGAGUACUAUAGAACUACCAGACCCAGAACUACGUAGAGGUAAUUGCAGUUUUCUGUUACCCGGCAUCCCUUUCGAACACCUUUCGAACACCUUUCGAGGGCCAGAGUGACAAUAACCCGCAGGAGAUCAGGACCACUGAGAUCCCCUCCCCCUCGAGGUCAGGCAACCGAAGUUAAAUUCCCCCCCACCUCACCGCCCACUUUUUGAUUUUCCCCCACAAGACUGUUGCGAACUGAAUCCGGACUGCGAGUUACUUGAACCCACCGAGCCAGCUGAGAGAUCGGUGCAUUUAAUUUGCCAGCCCUUCCCAAAACCCGAAACCCAAACACCCCCUUUUAUAUGCACACACCACCCACUUUUCUACCUGUAUACUUCAUGGUAUAUGCUAUACUAUACUAAACUAUACAAGGCUUUCCUUUGUUAACGCUUUAAAGACACAACAAACCGCUGCCGCGACUAAAUUUGAACGAAGAUAAAGCGGGGACAAGGACAGGGACUUUGACUUUGGGGGAUAAAACUGCUGAAUCUGAAUAUGUAACUGAAUAUAUAUAUAUAUAUACAUAUGUAUUUGCCAAUGCUCGUUAAUGUUAAAUAUGUGUACAAGCAGAGUUUCACUUGAAUUACGAUUAAAUUAAAGGCAUAUCGCUGUAUUAUAAAUACCCAAAAACGAAGGCAAAACAAAAUGGAAAACCGAAAUUGCACCCAGAAAAAUGGCAGGAAAAACCACACGAAAUGCACAACGAGUUGCUAAGUGCCGGAGAGGGAAAGAGGGGAAGGAAACUGGGAUAUGGAAAAAGAUUAUGGAGGAGAAGGAGAUUCUAUACAAAAAUGCCUUAAGCCAGCGACUCAGGUCGCUGAUUGGUCUUUUUGGCAUUCGAACUGUUUUGUAAAAUAAUUAAUCAUACAACUUGCAUAACCACCUCUUCGAGUAUUUGUCUUUGUAUUCGUGUGUGGACUCGCUUUUAGUCAAGACCCAAUUAAAUAAUCCAACCCAAUUAAACUAAACCGAACUAAAGCUAAAUCUAAAUCUAAACCAGAGUAAAAUCAAAGCAUAUAACACAAAGGUAAACGAGAAACAAUUGUUAAUGAAUUUCGUGCAUAGGCAUAACGCAAAAAUGUUUGCGCUACAUUGUUGUCAUUUAAACCAAUACUUAGCAUAUUGAUUAUUGCAUUGUGUACUCAGCUAACCCAAAUAUUUGUAAACCCUAUUCAAACAAUUCCAACUCCAAACACAAUGGCAUUAUUUGUAUUCCAUUUGAAUUGCAACAAGAAUAACCCAACUAGGAAAUGUAUACAAGAAUGUCAAAAUAAAAUAAUUCAAUAUAUUAUUCAAUGAUGGUUUUUAAACACUAACACACAUCUGCAUACCCGUACUUUUGAGGAUACUAACAUAGAUAUACAGAUACACACAUAUAUACAUAAUAUACACAUAAUGGUAUUGAAAUUAUUGUAUUCCCAUAAUAAAAUAUAUGCAAAAGGUGUAUGGUAAAACGA